CGGGCCCGGCCGGCGAUGGCGUCCUGGCGGCUGCGGGCGGCUCUGCGGCUCCCGCUCGCGCGCCGGGCCCUGCAUGACGCCGCCCCGGCCCGGGACGUGCUGCUGUUCCAGCACGAGCGGGGCCGCUUCUUCGUAGUCCUCGGGCUGUUCUGCGCCGGCCAGGGCGUCUUCUGGACCUCCCUGGCCGCGGCCGCCGUGUUCCGCCCUCCGGCCGCGGAGGCCCCGGAGCCCCGCCGCUCCGACCUGCGCUCCGCGCUCUGGCGCUACGGCCUGGCCGUCGGCUGCGGCGCCAUCGGGAUCCUGGUGCUUGGUGCUGGUCUUCUCUUCUCACUCCGCUCUGUGCGUUCAGUGAUGCUGCGGGCUGGAGGGCAGCAGGUGACCCUCACUACUCAUGCCCCCUUUGGCUUGGGGGCCCAUUUCACUGUUCCCCUGAGCCAAGUCUCCUGCAUGGCUCACCGGAGUGAAGUCCCCGCCAUGUUGCCCCUGAAGGUCAAAGGCCGGCGCUUCUACUUCCUCUUGGACAAAGCUGGACACUUCCCCAAUGUGCAACUCUUUGACAAUACUGUGGGUGCCUACAGGAGCUUGUAAACGGGAAACCUUGGGUCACCCCUCCCAGAGGGGGAUAAACGGAACCUUAAGGAGAGAGUGACAACCAGGGUCACGCAAGGGGGUGUGAGAGUCAUAAGCAGAGAAUAAAGCUGUGGUUGUCCCAGGCUCUCCCAGAGAGGCUGAUAGCA